AUGUACGCGCGAGUCAAUGGUCAAUCAGGUGUCAUUAUCACAUCGCGCGGAAUUGAUGUUAUCCAUCAAGGAUGUCGAGCAAAAACGGGACGAGAUCUCAUGCCGCAUCGAGUCAAGCCGCACUCGACAACAAUGACAAAAAGGCACCGUCGACGGAAGUCAUCAUCCCGGAUUGGAUGUCGCGCACUCAAACAACGAGAAGCCGAAGAAGAAGCCAAUCGUAUCAUGACGGAGCAAAUGAUGAAUGCAAACAAUACAACCAAUAGAUUAGUCCUAUUCGUAUUAACAGCAAUCCACGACACCAACACACAAACACAACAAAGUCAACACAAGGCACAACCCGUCAAACGCCGCAAACAACAGUUGACGAACAUGAACUCUACGAAGCACAACAAUUGA